CACACGUGGACGAGCGCGACCGGAACCCAGAUGCGAUCUCUCCGCCGCGCGCCCUUUCUCCCGCUCCGCGCGCGCUCACGCCUGCUGCUCGCUCUCACUCACGGCUCACGCGAGCGGAGAAAUCAAAACACUCCAACCAUCCACACGGAGAUGAACUGAGAAACAACCGAGAAACCAUCGCGAAUCAAGGCACGACUGUCCAGCACCAAGACCUCGCGGCGUUUCUCUUUCUGUGGAAGCGAAAGGAGCGGGACGAACGACAGUUUUCGCGUUAAAUACGCCAGAGUUUGUGCGUUUCACUGAACGCUGUGAUAUUUUCCUCAAGAAGUUUUUAAAACAAGUUUGGACCGGAUUCUGUUUGGAGUUGGACGUUAUUUAACGUUAGUUCACAUCCCGCCUGGUGCGCGAGCGCUUGUGAGGAGCUUUCUACUGAAGACUACAAAACAUGGAUUUAUUCUUUAUUUUAAUGGUAAAACUUUGACAAACCGUCCGAUAUUGCAUGUAACGGCUGCUUUGCAGUCUUUUCCAGCAUUUAUUGUUGAAGAACAUAUCUAUUGUAGUCCUGAGAGACACAUUUUUUUUUGCUGUGACAGGAUGCGUUUACAGAGCCAAAUAUGUCAGUCCAUGAUGAAGAAGAGGAAACUCAUCUGAUUCUCUGAGGGGAAACACAUCUAAAUCAUAUUUUAACAUCAUACUGUACGAUAUUUCUUCGAGUUCUCCUUUAAUUUAGCUUACUAACUGGAUUAUUUCGUUAUACAAAGUCCUGUGUAGCUCUUUAGUGGAUAGCACUCAGCUGGAUUUAAUUCGUUAAAAAAAGUUGUUAAGCGUAUAUCCUUGUGAAGAUCGUUCUCACGCAGUUGACCUUAGGUACUUUAGUGCCCUUUGGACUAAAGAGGAACUGGGAUAAUUUCACAUCAGCAUUAUCUUGGUACGUGCGCCAGGCUGUCAGACAUAUAGUUUCAUUUUGGCCAGUAUUCUGCAUCAUUUCUGUCAAUAUGGAGGAGUGGAGACAGUGCGGUCGCUGGUUGAUAGACUGUAAGGUUUUGCCCCCCAACCACCGGGUCGUUUGGCCCUCAGCGGUGGUGUUUGACCUGGCCCAGGCGCUCAGAGAUGGGGUGCUCCUGUGCCAGAUGCUGCACAAUCUGUCUCCUGGAUCCGUGGACCUAAAGCAGAUCAACUUCCGGCCUCAAAUGUCACAGUUUCUGUGUUUGAAGAACAUCCGAACAUUCCUGAAAGUGUGCCAUGAUAAGUUUGGCCUGAGGAACAGCGAGCUGUUUGAGCCCUUCGAUCUCUUUGACGUGAGGGACUUUGGGAAGGUGAUCUCUGCGCUGUCCAGAAUCUCCCACAACAGCAUUGCACAGAUCAAAGGCAUCAGGCCCUUUCCAUCAGAGGACACAGCGCUGAAUGAAGAUGAUGUGUACCGGAGCUUGGAGGAGCUGGCAGAUGAGCACGAUGUGGGAGAGGAUGACAUAUAUGACUGCGUCCCCUGCGAGGAUGAUGGGGACGACAUCUACGAGGACAUCAUCAAGGUGGAGGUUAGACAGCCCAUGAAAAUGGGCAUGACGGAAGAUGAUAAGAGAAACUGCUGUUUGGUGGAGAUUCAGGAGACAGAGGCAAAGUACUACAAGACACUGGAGGACAUUGAAAAGAAUUAUAUGAUCCCCUUAAAGCAAGUGUUAACGCAGCAGGAUAUGGAGGCCAUAUUUGUGAAUUUAGAGGACAUCAUCAAGGUCCAUUUUGCUCUGUUGAGGGCCAUUGACCUGACCAUGGUGAGCGGGGGCAAUGGCUUGGGAAAGAUCUUUCUGGACUUCAAGGAGAGACUGCUGAUCUACGGACAGUAUUGCAGCCAUAUGGAGAACGCUCAGAAGACACUGGAUGAGUUGAUUGCUACACGGGAAGAUGUCAAGUGUAAAGUGGAGGAGUGUACCAUGAAGGUCCAGGAGGGGAAAUUUAAACUGCAGGAUCUCCUGGUGGUCCCUAUGCAGCGGGUCCUCAAAUACCACCUUCUGCUUAAGGAGUUAGUAAGUCACUCUAUGGACCGCCCGGAGAGACAGCAGCUUAAAGAGGCACUAGAAGCCAUGCAGGACCUGGCAAUGUACAUCAACGAGGUGAAGAGAGACAAUGAAACCCUGAAGAAAAUAAGUGAAUUUCAGAGCUCAAUAGAAAAUCUACAGGUGAAGUUAGAGGAAUACGGCAGGCCGAAGAUAGAUGGAGAGCUUAAAGUCUGCUCUAUAGUUAACCGAACCAAACAAGACAGAUACAUCUUCCUGUUUGAUAAAGUUGUUAUCGUUUGCAAGAGGAAAGGCUAUAACUACGAGUUAAAAGAGAUCAUCGAACUUCACUUCUACAAGAUGUCCGAUGACCCUAUGAAUAACCGUGACAUGAAGAAGUCGAGUGGAAAAAUGUGGUCCUAUGGCUUCUACCUGAUCCAUCUGCAGGGGAAACAGGGCUUCCAGUUUUUCUGCAAGACAGAAGACACCAAGCGCAAGUGGAUGGAGCAGUUUGAGAUGGCCAUGUCAAACAUCAAACCCGAAAGAGCCACUGCCAACCAGCACAACUUCCAAAUGCACACAUUUGAAAAGAACACCAACUGCAGAGCCUGUAAAAUGCUGCUGAGGGGUAUUUUCUACCAGGGAUACUACUGUUCAGGCUGUGGCACUGGCGUCCAUAAGGAGUGUCUGGAGGUCAUUACCAUCUGCAAAAUAAGUCCUCAUGAUUCGGAGCCAGGGCUUCCACAAUCAGGUCCGAAGAUGGUGGCCAUAAGAAAUUACCAUGGUACCCCUGCCCCGCCAGGCAAGAUGCCUCUCUGCUUUCAGACAGGAGAAGUCAUUGAGCUCUUGAAGGGAGAUCCAGACACAUCAUGGUGGGAGGGCAAACUCAUCCAAACCCAAAAGACUGGCUUCUUCCCCAGUUCCAGUGUGAAACCAUGUCUAGACCCAAAGCCUUUCCAGUCAUUUCCCAGCCGUCAGUCCUCAAGAGAGACAGAUUACAACGUUUAUCCCUGGUUUGCAGGAAACAUGGAGCGACAGCAGGCCGACAACCUGCUUAAGUCUCACAGCAGCGGCACCUAUCUGAUCCGAGAGAGGACGGCGGAGGCCGAGAGAUUCGCGAUCAGCAUCAAGUUUAACGAUGAAGUGAAACAUAUUAAAGUUAUUGAGAAAGACAACUGGAUUCACAUCACAGAGGCAAAGAAGUUCGAUAGUCUCCUGGAGCUUGUGGAGUAUUAUCAGAGUCAUUCACUGAAAGAGAGCUUUAAGCUGUUGGACACGACAUUACGGUACCCAUACAAAUCCAGGGAACGCUCAAGUUCUCGCACCAAUACUCGUUCACCAGCAGCCACCUGUGCUUCCUACAACUUCUCCUUCCUCAGUCCUCAGGGCCUCAACUUCUCCUCUCAAAGCUCUGCUCCCUUCUGGUCAGUAUUCACACCCAGGGUAGUCAGCACAGCUGUGGCGAGAUACAACUUUGCUGCUCGAGACAUGAGAGAGCUGUCUCUGCGAGAGGGGGACAUCGUCAAGAUCUACAGCAAGAUUGGUGGAGACCAAGGCUGGUGGAAAGGAGAGGCUAACGGCAGGAUUGGAUGGUUCCCCUCUACGUACGUCGAUGAGGAGGGGGUGCAGUGAAACUCUGGGGUCGAAGAUCAUCCAAUAAAAUCCUCAGCCCUCUGAGAGGACUCUUUGAUUUCCAUGGCAACAUCUCAUGGAAGUCUUUCUUUUUCGCUGGAAACAUAUUUUACAAUGAAUAUUUGUACUUCUGUCUCCUGUCGUCAUGUACAAAUAUGCUUUUUUUUUCCCUUUCUCGGAAUGUCUGUGUGAUUUCUGUGAAGAAAACUGCUCCGAGUCUGUUCGUUCUCAGCGGUGGGUGGAGGAAACUGUGAACAGAGCAGAACUUUGCCUUGAAAUGGCCAAAGGACAAGCAUGGCUUUAAGUUUGUACAGAAAUACCUGUAAGGUGCGCUGGGGUAUAAUGGGGGGUGGGGAUGUAUAAAAUUAUAUAUAAAUAUAAUUUAUUAAAGAGAUAUAUCUAUGAUUAAAAUGCAAUGUUGAACAUUUGUUCAACAGCAGCAGCGCAAAGAAUUUAUGAGAGCAGAAAAGAUGCACUUUGCAUUUCUUUACAGAGAGAAUUUGCCUUAGUAAAUAGUAAAUGGUAAUGCCUUUAGAGGUGGAGGUAAAGAGAUGGAUUCAGACUCAUCUUGCACAUACACGCUCAUACAUCUGCCCUGUCCAGAAAUACGGUGCCUUUUCGUACAUGUUCUUCACUCCCAACAGAAUCUCGUUUGUAUUGCUGCGGCAUUAUCGCUCUGUUCUGUAGCGGUGCAUUCUCACGGCCCUAUCCGCCCGUUCAGCUGGACGCUGCUCAACCUGAAGACCAUAAAAGAGACUGAACAUUUCUUGAACUGGAAUGAGCAGAUGACCAGAUCUGCUCAUCAUCUCACUGGAACAAAGGAGCAGCUAACCGAAAGCAUUCGGUCAUGGCUGGAAAUGCUUGGACAAUGAAGGAUACAUGCACCAUCAUAUCUUCCUCUUCCUUCAAGAGGUUGCAAAAGUGCAAUGGAGUGUCAGGACGAGGUUCAGUGAAUGCUGUUUCUGUGAUUUCUUCGUUCUCAGUGGUCCAAAUCUGGACAAAAAAGGGAAUACCGAAUGCUGUUCUGUGCACUGAUUUUCAUGAAUACCCAGAGGGUUUUUUUUGUCGUUUUCUACAAGCACAUACAUUUUGCCAUUCCACGUUUCGCGUCUGCAGCCUGCCACAUUACAGUAUCUUGCCUUACUGGUGGACACAACUUGGUGCUACAGUGCUACUUAUUGAAAUCACUGAGUUAGGGCAGAAUUUUCUUUAUGCUGUUGUGGACGAGGAAGACCCACUGCUGAAGAACCUCAGCCAUCAAGUGCACUUUAUAUGUCCAGAGACCUUUUAACACAGGACACCACACUGCAGACCUGGACAUUAAAUUUUCAUAUUAUUUAAAAAAAACAAUUCAAAAUGUCCUUAUUUUUACCUCUGGAACAAGAAAAAAGUAAAAUCCUUGACACUAUGAGCAGCGGUCCCUCAAAGUUGAACAUUACCUGUAAACUCCAUAAGUGCAUGGAUGUGUUCCUCAUACAGUCCUUGGAGAAAAACCUUUUGCUGUUGCCGGCUAUCAGAAAUUGAAGCCGUAAAUUGAGAUUGGAGAGUGCUAGACUGUAAUAAAGCAUUGUGUUUUAGCUGCGCUCCAGGCUUGAGUACAGCUGUCUGCAGUGAUGGAACAGUGCAGCUCAGGUCAAGGUAGCGCUGGCUUUGGGGCUUAGUACCUGUUUCUGUAGUGGACAAAAAACCCAUUGCAUGUGGUCAUAGAUAUUACAACUGCUGUCCGUGAAUCCUGAAAAAAGAUGUUAAAAAAAUAACAAGAAAUUGUGUACAUUUUUUUGAAUGGUCAGUUAUUUGGAAACUGAUGUCUAUCAUGAAAUAAAUAUUUCUUUUUUGCCUA